AUGCGACCUCCGGAGGCUUUAAAUUGCUGCUCCGCACACGCGCCUGCCCCGCUAAUCAUUAAUCGACAGAUCUUGGAGCGCAUCGAGUCGAACGCCGACGUGCUGAAUCGACAGGCGGAGGCUGUUGAUGCUCGGAGGCGGCAUUCGGAGGCCGAGAAGGCGGCCACCGCGGCCACAAUGUCCGCCAUGGCCGGCACGACGGCCAAACUGGCAGCGGAAGCGCGGGCGGAGGCGGCCCGAGGGCGGCUGGAGGCUCAGAAGCGAGAGACGCGGGAGGCGGCCGAAGCCAGGUGCCGCCUCCGGAGGCAGGCUCGAGAGGAGGCGGCGCGACAGGUGACGCUGGCGCUGCGAUCGCGGGACGCCGUCAAGCAGUUGGACGCUGCGUUGAAAGCGGCGCUCGCGCUGGACCAGCGCCAAGCGCACGUGGAGGCGCGACAACGGCACAAGGAGGCGGAGGAGGCGUUGGAGGCAGAACACCGGAGGCAGGUGCUCAAACGGAUCGGGCGGGAGAGGGAGGCGCAGCGCCAGAGGCAGCGCGAAACGCAGCGACGCAAGCAGGAGCUUUGCAGUGACUUGCAAAAACAGAUAAAGGAGAUCGACGAGAAAAGAAAGUUGGACGGGAGAGAGAGGGAAGAGUUGAAUCGGGAGAUGCAGGAGGACCUGAAGAAACAAAAGGAGGAACAAGAGCAAGAGAAGGAGAAAAAGGGUGAGAAAAGAUGUCGGCUCCUGGAAGAAGGGUUAGGUUCGAUCGCGGAGGAAAGGAAAAGGAGGCAGGAGCUUCGCGAAAGGGAGGAGAAGGAGAGGUUAAUAUGUCUAGCGUACGAUGACUUUAAAAGGGAGACGCAGGAAAAAUUGGAAAAAAUUCACAAAGAGGGUAUUCUUGCUGACAAAAGUGAACGCGUCAGAGAAAAAGUUUUUGCCGCACAAGCAAGCAGAGAGGCGAAAUUCGAAGAGUGGAACUCGAAAAUUGCAGACGACAGAAAGCAGAGAGAAACGCGGCUACUUGCCGACGUGGAAAGUCGAUGGUCAGAGAGAAGGCGGCGCGCCGUCGAGUACCGAGACCACCAACUGGAGGCGGCUGAGCAGCAGCGGAGGCGGCAGAAAGUGGCCUUCCAGUUGGAAAAUGCGUUCGACUGGCGAUUGCAGCAACGCAUCACCGCAGAGUGGAAGCGGCUGCGACAGGAGGAGCGGAGGCGCCAACAGGCCGCCAACAAAAUCGCUUACGAUCAGCAAUUGGCCGAGGAAAAGGCGAACCGAGCGUUCGAAGCCGCCGUGGACACGAUCGAGGAAGAGGAGAGAAGCAAACGCUUCCAGCAAGAGGACAGGGAGGUGCUCGAACACGCACAGAAGGCGCUUGAAAAGUGCAAACUUGACGGGAGACCGGUGGAGCCCCUGGAAAGGGCCGUGGCGCUUUUCAAAAAGCGGAGGGGCCUCGGACCUCCACCACCACCGAGGGCUUCCGUCCGGGCGCAUCUGGAUGUCGGUCUUGACCUUGACAGGGUCAGGGCCAACCCUGAUUAUUAUCUAUGAGAUUAAUAAAUAAAAUAUAAAAAUUAUAAAUAACUAC